AUGGCGCCUCCGACAUUCGCUGAUGUCCUCCCCAUCAAGCAACUCUCCUCACAUCAAUAUGCCCUCACAUUGGAAAAUGAAUGGUGUAUAGGGACCGUCCCUAAUGGCGGCUACGUUACUUCGGCCUUUCUCAUGGUUGCGCGCGUCCACAUGUCCCUCACUCACAAGACUCGCUCCGAACCGCACCCGAUCAAUUUGCACCUGCAAUUCCUGCGGCGUACCUCCGUGGGUCCGGCCAUCUUCACUGUGAAAGACGUGAAACUGGGCGCACGUGUCAGCAACUUACACAUUGUCCUGGCGCAGAAACAGGAACAUAACGACCAAUGGCAGGAUGAAGCGCAGGGCUACAUCACCAUGAGCAACAUCGCAACUGAGGAAGGCCUGAGUCUUGACACUCAGUAUCAGCGCUGGCCACCCGCCUUACCCGCGAACCUUGCGCUUUUGGGUGAACGAGGCCAGGAUGAAAACUAUACCAGGCGCUCACGCGACCCUUUUCCUUCGUUUCGCCGUGCAGCGCAAAACAUUCAGAUUUUCCUGGUCCACCCAGAUCGCCGACCUCCGCCCGGCGAGUUCGGUCGACCUCGGGCCAUAGUAGACCAGUGGGUUCGGUUCGCACCCAAGACGCCCUCUCUGAAUCCCGAUGAGAACAUCACGGGUCGCUGGACCAACGAUGCGCUAGGGUUUGUGGUCGACAUGUUUCCGCAAAUUGUCGAGUCUUACGUCAAUCCUUUCGUGGAGGAGGCCGCAAUCGGCCAACACAGCGAAGCCGAACUCAAGAAUUUCCUCAAAUCAAACGAACCGCGCGCCAAGUAUUGGUAUCCGACGCUCACUUUGAACUUGGAUGUGAAAAAGCUGUUGCCAGAGGAGGGUGUCGAAUGGUUGUUUGUGCGAGUCAUGGCCAAAGCGAUCAGAAAUGGGCGGUUUGACUUGAACAUCGAGGUUUGGGAUGAAGGUGGGGAGCUGGUGGCGAGCAGUACCCAUGCCAGUCUGGUCAUGGACGCCAGCCGCAACAUUACCCGAAAACCGAAGGAAAAGAAGGACGCAAAGUUAUAG